CAUAUCCGCAAAAAGCGACAUGUGUUCGUACCUUCUACCUCUAUGGCAGUAUGAAGUACUUCGUGGUUCCCUGUGACUGGCGUUGAACCACUUGUACACACCUUGUACCGACUUAGUCAACUUGAGACGUCUCCCCGAGGAAGAGCAAUGUUGUUGUGUGUGACAUGGCACGGGAUCAAAGUCCAAAGCCAAAAUGUCAUUCCUCAACACCUCGACCAACAAUACCACUGGUGACACCACCACCACCACCACCACCACUACCUCCUCCUCCUCCAUUUCUCCGACAUCACCACCACCGUCUUUUCCCUCGAAAAUAUCGUCCCGCCGCCAAUCUUCCUAGCCGACGACCACUAAUCAAACACGCUGCACCGUUGCCCUUCGAACACAUACUUCCGCAGCAAUCGUCCAAAAGUCCUCGGUCACUGCCUCACCCCGAGUUGAACCCCACACAUCUUCAAAACAACAACAACCACGACGACAACAACAACAACAACCACGACCACCUCUUCAACAAGAAAAGCAACGAAAACAACAACAGUAUCAAUCACCAGGACACAAGCACUCAUUUUCUACCAUAUCCUCUUCUCGGACAACGACGCCGUCUGCCCGCUCCCUCCAAUCUCGCCCUCACAAUGUCCUGAGCCGCCACCCGCCUCUUCGCCCUUCGUCCGUCGUCGCUGGCCCUGGCCCAGGCCCAGGCCCAGGCCCAAAAUCACAACC